GCAGUGUGAAACCCGAAGCGAUGUCCGAUCCAGAAAGGCAACCCCUGCUCAGCCGAUCUCCAGUAGUAGAGCCAUCGCGGCGACGGAGUCUUGGCUGUCUCUUGGCGAUCUCCUUCCUCCAAUUUAUCUCCACAAAUGGAAUCCUUUCUUACAUAUACCAUGAUUUUAAUCUAUUCCAUUUGGAAGUGAGGCAAGCGCCCGGUGUCUUAGUCGGUGCAGCAGUGCUAUUCUACACUAUGCCAGUGUGCAUUGGUCUCUACGCUGAUGUCAUAGUUGGGAAGUACACUACGCUGUUCUUCGGUCUCUGUCUUAAGGCCCUAGCGUCUCUUCUUUCAUUCGUUGUGGUUCUGUGCUUAUAUGCGUGGCAAGAAGAAGUGGAUGCAAUCGCUUUGAAUAUGCGCGGCUCAGCUCCAUUGGAUUCUGCACAAUUGAUACAGCUCAAAUUCCUCGUUGCUUCUUUGAGCGCAAGUGUUGUCAUGUUUCUCGCCGGCAUCAGCAUGAUUGUUCCGUCUGUUCUGACUCUUGGAUCCCAGCAGAUAAACCAGCAAACGGAAUCGCAGGCUUCCUUUAUUAGAUGGGUUUUGAUGGCUGUUUCGGCCGGCACCAUCAUAGAAUACUUCCUAUUAAGUAAUUACGAUAUCUACAUGCCACAUACCCCACUCUGGUUGCUACACCAUCCACAAAUUGUACGACAUGCAGCAAAUGUAACACUGGAUGCACUGUCACUAGCAGUAUUCCUCUUUGGAAAGCGCUCGUACAUCAAACGGUCUCCUGCUGAAGGGCUAAGAUCACUCACGAAUUUGGUCCAAAUUGUGAGAAACCGUAUCACGUGUCUUUCAUCACGCCGUCACUACGAUACAAAUGACACAAGUCUGCGCAUGCGUACCGUACAAGAUGUCGUGAACAGUUGCACAUUGGAAAGACUUCGAAUUCGAAAGGCUGUCAUCACGAUUCCACUGUUCUCUGUAGUUGCUGUAUCGGUCGUUACACCUUAUGCUUUCCACUUGGUGACAGACACAAAUGUCAGUUUUUUCAACCAAGGUGAGAUCCGCACACUUAAUUUAGUCAGGAACAUACAGCUUGCCGUUUUUCUACCAAUCGUGCCGUUAAUGGAGUUAGCAAUAAGGAAAUGUAGACACCCCUUGUGGCAGAAUAACUUAGUUAACCUCCUAAAGACAUUAGGUUUUGGUAUGCUCCUAAACGUAGUUUCCCCGCUGACGACCGGUGUGAUAGCGUCAAUAAUGCCCAAUCGUGAUCUUAUGGGUAUAUCUUCGAUGUAUGUCCUCCCGCAGAACAUUAUUUUUGGACUAGCCUCAUUCCUGACAUACAGUGCAAUUAUAACGUUCUGGCUGACUGAGUGCCCGACUGGUUUAUCUACCUUUGUGGCAGCCAUCGGCGUCAACUUCUCUUUUCUCGCCUUCCCCCUUUUCAUAUUGUUAAAAGCAGCAGUAGAUUUGAAAAAUAUGGUGCCCUACACGGAUAUUGUUUGUUACGUCUACGCGGGCAUCCUUUUAGCAAUGCUUGUUCUUAUCUACAUUCCGGUUGCCAUCUGGUACGUACGGGCUAGCAGGGCUAUUGAUAUAGCACUGAAGGAACAAGAAGACAGCGAGACAAAUGACCAGGCGAGGUCCGGGCAUAUUGAAACAUAAUGGCCCUCACUCACCAUUCACCACAUUGGGUGAUAUGAACUAAGACUAGUAAUUGCUUUUAUUUUAGUUUGGCACAGGAAUGCCAACUGUCAAUGAAUUAAACAUAUUUCUGUAUAGAGCAUUUACUUGUUUUUAUUCAAGAGCAUUUACUUGUUUUUAUUCAAUGACUCAUCUUUGAAAGAGUAGCCGAUUUUGUUUAUACAAGAUUCAUAUUUAUAUCAAUAACGAGGAAAGCGAAAUCAAAAUCCAUGAACACACGUAUUAUUACCCAAGACGUUGAAAGUAAUUUUGAAAUAUCAAGGAAUGAUACAUGCUCGUGUCUGAAUGUGCUCUUACAUUGUAUUACAUGUACAUGUAUAUUGAUUUUUUAUCCUAGUCUUAUAUCGUUUUGUAGUAUGCUCAAUGAACUACAAAGUUGUACAUAUUAGUAAAAAGGAACUGAACUAAAUUUAAGUCGUCCGCUACGCAAUUAGUCAUGCACUGAUUAUGUCUGGAAUAUUAGUAUGAUCAUUGAACGUCAUAUUCAACUGACUAGGCAAGAUAUUCGGUGCGUUCGCAGUUACAUUGAACACCGUGAUUGUGAAAUGAUGAAACGGCAAAAACAUAGAUCUUGUCCUCUUUUUAACAACUUUCGAGGCAAUCAAUAGUAAGCUCUCACAUUCUGAAAAAAACUAUUCGUAAAUCCUUUCAAUGAGCUGAUAAACGAGGUUACUUACAAACAUGUUUUAUCACGAUUUCAUGAUCAUGAUAUUCCUGGUUUGUCCGAUAGCGUAGGCUAUGAGACAGAAACUGAUAUUACUUUAUUGAGGUGGCCAUCACGCAGAAAUAACAAAUUUUGUGUCAAGUGUGAUCCGACUGUUAUGCCUUUUAUGUCAAAUUCUAAGCCCGGGGUCGAUCUUCCCUUCCUUAAUAGAUGACCGUGAAGAUAGUUCAAGGGCAGUGCACUUAAGUUUUCAUCCUGAGAUCAGGUGCUAUACUUACCAAGGGUGAGUAUAUUGAAAAACACUGGUUACGUCAGGAUGUUUAGCUUUGAACAUGUUUCUUUCCCGUUUUAUUCUAUAUUUAGUCGUACAAAUGGAAACUUUUGAAGUACACUUAACCUUUGCGGUAUACCAUACCAAGUAAAUAGAAAAUAAAUCCUAUCAUACAUAUUUUGAAUUUUUAUUCAAAAAGCCAUACAAUGAAAUUCAGUUAUUGACAA